AUGGCUUCCCAGCAUGACCAUCACCCAGCUGUUCCCAUCUCCAUCACGAUAUGCGGCGACGGCGGCUGUGGCAAAUCAUCCAUCACGCUUCGCCUGGUCCGCUCGCAAUGGACGUCAGAGUAUGACCCGACCAUCGAGGACUCCUACAGCGUCACUCGUCGCAUCGACGGCACCGUCUACCACCUGUCCCUCACCGACACGGCCGGGCAGGAGGAAUACCGCGGCAUGUGGGCGUCGUCCAACCUCGGCGCAGACGCCUUCCUGAUGGUGUACGACAUCACGUCGCGCGACUCGCUCGACGCCCUGCAAUACUUUGACGACCUCAUCGACAUGGAGGCCGAGAUCAGACGCGACAACGCCCAGCGCGCGCGAAAGGCGGGCGUCAACCCCGGCCACGUCAACACCGGCACCGGCAGCGGAACCAAGACGGUGCCUCCCGUCAAGAUCGUCGCCGGUAACAAGUGCGACCUCCAGGAGAGUAGGCAGGUCCCUGCCGCCAUCGGCCUCGAGUGGGCUCGCAAGCGCGGCUGCGGCUUCAUGGAGACGAGCGCCAGGCUCGAGGUCAACAUUGAAGAAACCUUUGCCCUCAUUGUCCGCCGCGUCGUCGAGAGGCGCCGGCUCGUCGAGAUGGGUGUCUGGGAGAAGGCGGAAGAGAUGAAGAUGAAUGCCCGGGGCAUGACGGAGCCGCUGACGCCUUCGCCACCGGAAAUCGAGUCCGAAAAGAGAGACGCCGGGCUACGAGGCCCAACCCUCCACGGCGAAACCCGCUUUGGUCGCGGCCGAGGUGGUUUCUGGAAGAGGCUCCGGUGCUGGUGA